AUGUUCUCUAAAGUAUUGUGCUUCGUUGCCAUAACAACGGUAGUAGUUGCUCAAGAUCACGGCCACGCGUUCUCAUCAAACCACAUCUCUCGCCAUGACGGACAUCACGAAGCGGUCCACGGACAUCAUGGGCAUAUUGACUAUUUUACUCAUCCGAAAUACGAGUUCGAUUAUAAAGUAGAAGAUCACCAUACUGGAGACCAGAAAUCACAGCAUGAGCACCGCGACGGUGGUGCAGUGAAGGGAAGUUACUCAUUACACCAACCAGAUGGCUCUGUCCGACAUGUGGAUUACUACGCCGAUGAUCACAGCGGAUUUCGUGCUGAUGUGAAAUACAGCACCCAUCAUCUUCAUCAUCAUUAUUAAAUUAGGUAAACUCAUCCAAUGU